AUGGCAAUCCUCUCCUUCGGAUUCGGUCUCGGCACUAUAUUCUACGUGUCUGUCCUGCUAGUCAAUGCCAUCGCCAUACUACACGAAGACAGAUUCCUCGCCAGAAUCGGAUUCACAUCAUCAGCAGUCCACUCAAACGCCGGGUUUGGAGACCAACAACAACCAUCUGUCAAGGCUAGACUUAUUAUCAUGAUGUCUGCUAUAAGGACACUGCUGAGGAUACCGUUGGUGGCAGUCAACAUCUUUAUUAUUAUCUGGGAGUUGCUACUAGGCUAA